AGCUUUUCAAAUAUUGAAACCUUUUUAAAUUCUUAAUUGUUUUCUUAUCUGUUUUGACUAAUUAACUUUGUGCUUGUUUUUAAUUAAUUCAAAAUGAGAAUUACCUACAAAUUGUUAGAGAAAAUUUCUUCUUCUAUUAGUGUUAAUUGCGGUGAUGUUCAAAUUUUCACCAAUCAUUUGUUGAAAGCUAAAAAUUGUAAAGGAUUAACUUAUCAACAAAUGGCUACACAAUUAGGAGUUAAUAAGGUUUGGUUAACUUCAAUUUUACAUGGACAAAAUUGUUGUGAUAUUAAAUUAGCUGGUAAAAUUUGUCACCUACUUGAUUUACCUGCUGAUUUGGCUAUUCAAUUAACGACAAUUCCUAUUAGAGGAAAUCAAUUCAUUGAAAAUGAUCCUCUAGUUUACCGUUUUAAUGAGUUGGUUAAAGUAUAUGGAUCUAGUUUACGAAGUAUAAUUCAUGAAGAGUUUGGUGAUGGGAUCAUGAGUGCAAUUGAUUGUAAAUUAAAUGUCUCAAAGACUAAAGAAUCCAGGAUCUUGGUAACAAUAGACGGCAAAUAUUUACCUUAUUAUAAAGGAUCAUAAGGUGCUGCAAUUAACUGGAUUGGUCAACAAAGUUGAGGACGAAAGUUCAUAACUAAUUCAGACCUAUCCGAAUCAUUUUAAUUCUCAGCCUAAUGGAAUCAAAUUCGAGUCCAGUUUACAUUGAGUCCAUAGGAAUACAAUUUGACGCCAAAAAAAACAUCUAUAACUGAUUAUUGAUCACUUAACUAAUUAAUUGGCUUUCGAUUGCAAUCUAACUGAUUAAUUGUCAUUAUAAUCUUAGCAACUUAUCAGUCAAUUGGUAAUUUUUAUCAACAUUGUUGUUUACAGAUUACAAGAAAUUAUAUUUCGCAACUUCUCAACAAUCAACGGAAAUGAUGUCACAAUCGCUCCUCAUUGUAAAAGUUGAUUCAAUUACAAUAAAGACUUUACAAUUUAAAGAUGA